UUCCCCCUUUUCGUCGUCUUCACUAAAAAAGGAAAACAAAAGCCCUUCCAGAAAAAACACACCUGUACAAUCCAAACCCUAAUUUGAGACGAAAAACACCACAACUUUUAUAUUCACUUAUCACUACAUUACAUUCCUCGACAACAAUGGGAGCCAGUAGAAAGCUUCAAGGAGAAAUCGAUCGUGUUCUCAAAAGAGUUCAAGAAGGCGUUGAUAUUUUCGAUAAUAUCUGGAACAAGGUUCACGAAACUGACAAUGCGAACCAGAAGGAGAAGUUUGAGGCCGAAUUGAAGAAGGAGAUUAAGAAAUUACAGAGGUAUAGAGAUCAGAUUAAGACAUGGCAACUGUCCACCGAAAUCAAGGAUAAGAAGGUUAGUGCCUCUUAUGAGCAGGCUCUGGUGGAUUCUCGCAAGCUUAUUGAAAAAGAAAUGGAACGCUUUAAGAUAUGUGAAAAGGAAACAAAGACAAAAGCCUUCUCUAAGGAAGGCCUUGAACAGCAGCCUAAAUUGGAUCCAAAGGAGAAAGCCAAGUCAGAGACUAGAGAGUGGGUGAACAAUACGGUGUCUGAGCUGGAAUCACAAAUUGAUAGUUUUGAAGCUGAGAUGGAAGGACUAAUCGUUAAAAAAGGGAAGACAAGGCCACCCAGACUGACUCAUUUGGAGUCAUCAAUCAAUCGGCACAAGGCUCAUAUAAUGAAGUUAGAGUUGAUAUUGAGAUUGCUCGAUAACGAUGAAUUAAGUCCUGAGCAAGUCAAUGAUGUUAAGGAUUUCUUGGACGACUACGUGGAACGAAAUCAGGAAGAUUUUGAUGAGUUUGAUGAUGUUGACAUGCUAUACAACACCUUACCUUUGGACAAGGUAGAGUCGCUGGAAGAUCUAGUUACCAUUGGUCCACCUAGUCUUGUUAAGGGUGUUGGUGCUGCUGGUGUUGGUGGUGGUCUAAGCAUAAAAGCUGCAAUGUCUACAUCUCCGUCUCAGUUGCCGGCCUCAGCCACAUUGUCUAUUAAAAACAAAGGUUCUGUUCAGGACCAAGCUAAUGAGAUGGCUCGGACUCCACCCCCUAAGAACAAUGCACUUUCGUCUGCUCCUCCAACAACAGCAAUGACCCUUACAACCCCUGUUGCAGUUGGUUCUGCUUCUGUCCUUUCCGGUCCAAGUUCUGUUAAGGGCAUCUUGGACAAUUCAUCCUCUUCUGUCCCUUCAUCCCUAAUAAGCAGUGCUGCCAAGGAAGAAGAGGAUUCCAAGUUAUCUUGCUGCAAACCAUCUCCAGCCCUUCCUGAAGCAGGAUUAAAGAAUCUUGGUAGAGGUGGCCCCACCAACCCACCCUCAAUCAGCGUCCCGAUAACUUCUGGUGGCGCGGUUUGUUGCAAUAGAUCACUUGAUGUUACUGCGGACAAAGCCACGAGAGUUACAUUAGGAUGUGAUGAGAGACUUGCCGGUAGCGGAAUAAUGCAGCCUAUAGUUUCUUCACCAAGCAGUAGAAUGAUAUUACCUCCCCAUGCCAAGACUGGUGAUGCUGUUAGUGGCGGUGAUGGUGGUGGUAAUGGUGAGGUGGGAGGCAUGACCAGUAUGGUGUUUUCACCUUCUGGAGUUCUUAGCAUACAAGGGAGGUCUGGAAAUCCCUUCCCAAGUCAGCAUGAAGGGUUAGAUGGAAGAACUGAAAUUGCACCAGACCACAAGGUGAAAUUUUUGGAGAGAUUCGAACUGGUGCGGCAGCAGGGUCAGGGUAACCUCCUUGGCAAGACUCCUCUUUCUGGGGGAAUUCAUAUGCAAUUUUCAGCUCCACAGAACCCCCUUCUCCAACAGUUACAGUUCCGCUCUCAAACUUCAGUUUCAUCUCCUCAAAGUGGGCUGGUUGGAGGACCAGCAGCAGGUGUUAUCGCUGCAACAUCAGCACAUAAAACAAGUCCAAUCCAUUCACAGUCUGGUCAACACAUGCUCAUAGCAAGUGGCUUAAAAAACACUGAAGCUGGCAGUUUGAAAGCCAAUGAGUGUCAGCAACAUAUGAAUCUGUUGGAUGAUUCUGCCAAAGGUCUGGUGCUUGCUAAGAAUACUGCCAAUGAAGACAAUUCUAAGGUGUUUUACACCAAAGAUGCCCAGUCUGGAGUAUCUGGUUUCGUGACCAAGGCUUCUCAAGUUACCAGAGAUACCGGCCUCUCUCCUGGUCAACCUUUACAGUCAAAUCAAUCUUCUAACAUUGGGGUCAUUGGCCGAAGAAAUGUUUCUGACUGUGGUGCAGUUGGCGACACCGUCAGCAUUUCAGCUUUGACCUUGGGACCCUCUCAUGAUCAGAAAUCUAUUAUGCAGUUGCUCGAGUCUUCCUUUUACAAACUUCCACAACCUAAAGAUUCUGACCGCAUCAAGAGUUACACUCCAAGGCACCCUGCAUUGACCCCUCAAAGCUAUCCUCAAGCGCCAGCUCCAAUUGUUAGUAGCCCAGCAUUUUGGGAACGCCUUGGAUCUGAUAUUGGGCUUGAUACUUUGUUUUUUGCAUUUUACUAUCAGCAGAACAUGUAUCAACAGUACUUAGCUGCAAGAGAACUAAAGAAGCAAGCAUGGAGAUACCAUAAAAAGUACAACACGUGGUUUCAACGGCACGAGGAGCCGAAAAUUGCUACCGAUGAUUAUGAACAGGGAACGUACGUGUACUUUGAUUUUCAUUUGGACGAUGAGAAUGAGGAGAUACAAAAUGGCUGGUGCCAAAGAAUCAAGACUGAAUUUGACUUCGAGUACCAAUAUCUUGAAGACGAGCUCACUGUGUAAAUAAUACCUAGAAAAUGAAUGCAACUGUAGUCCUUAGCUUCUGCCCCCUUGUUUAGUUAGUUCGUAUACCUUGCCAUUUCCAAAAAAGAAGUUAGUUGGCAUAUCUUGAAGACUUGAAGUAUUGCAUAGUGCACUGCAUUAUUACUUUCUAUCUGAAUUACGUGCUCAGAUUGUUUUGCAACAUUUUUGGCUUAUUAAUCUUCAAGAGAUAGAUGGUAAGUAGAUAGAGACGGGCAGUGCUGUCAAUCGUUCCAAUUUCA